ACUCCUGAAGGCAAGGCGUGGGGCACCUUUUUAUGUAACAAACACUGAUCUCUUGCUACUAAACAUGUGGAUGGCUAAACGUCUCCUAUCGUCUUUAGUUCUCAAAGGACAUUAUAGUCUGUUUUGCCGUCCUCCUAGCUCAUUGCCUGAAUAUGAGCUGAGAUUCCUGCACCGCACCUUUUGCAGCAGGAGCAGAAUCAUGGCUGCUGGGUUUGACACCCUACAUGUAUCCGUUUCCUCUGAAGUAUGCCAGGAAGAUAGCAAACCCCUGGACAUAUGUUAUACAGCAGAGCAGCGAGCUGUCAUUCUCCAACGACUCAAUACAGCCUCCGAGUCUGAACUGGCCCAGUUCAAACUUCUUAGAGGGCGGAAAGCCGUCAACAUUAUCGACUACAGAACCAGACAUGGACCAUUCAACGAUCUGGAGAGUGUAAUUAAUGUGCCCUUACUCAAACACAAGAGCGCUGUCACAGUCUUUAACUCCAUCCUUAACCCAGCUGAGAAGAAGGAGAGGAGAAAGGGAAAAGUUCAUGUGGCUAAAUUUAUUAGACCUGAAGUUGACAGAGCUUUGUUGAAGGAUGCAAGCUCCAUUGUGUCCAUUGUGUGUGGCACUGAUAAAAUUGCAUGGACACAUAUGGAUCAGUCAAGGACAGUGUUAGACUGGCAGCAAGCAGAGUGCAAGAGUUUUAUGAAAGGAACAUACAUGGCAUCAGAUUAUUUGGAUGAUAUCUUUACUACAAUAUCAAGCUUUCCUGCUGCUGACUUCUUUGUGGUGGAGAAGUCAAGCAUAUCUCCUCAGAACACUUCUCUUUAUCCGGUCAUGGCCCACCUCAGGACAGUAGAGGCCAUGCUAUUUGCUUUGCUCACCCCACCGAGGGAACCAGGGAGCCCACCAAAAGUCCUUAACAUGAUGCGUACAGCAGUUGGUCGCCAUUUCGGCUUGAUGGUGGGGGAAAGUCGGACAAGUGGUGCUCAGACAGUGAAGAAGAUGAUGACAGAGUCUGUAUUAAAGCAAGAUCCAUGGGUUCUUUUCCCUCAUGACUUGGUCCUAAGGCACAGGAACUCCUUUCAGAUGAGCAGUAAGAACAGAGGAGAAGAGCUGUGUGAUGCUCUUCUGCAGGCUGUUGCAUUUUUUGAACUCCUGAGGGAGUGAAUCACUAAUGGAUGACUUAUAUAUAUUUUUGACCUGAUCAGCUGAAUGCCAGCAAGUUCCUUAUCCCUGGGAUUGAGUAAGACAUCAGAUGAUGUCUUACUGCAUGAGCAAUGGAUUAUGCAAUAUUUGAAAACAGUUGUUUUAUACACUGCUACCAAUUCCUCUUAUCCAUCUCCUCUUUGAAGGUUAAUUAGUGUCAAUGUUGCUCUGAUGUGAUAAAGGAUUUUAUGUAGUACUUUUUCCUAAAUAUUAAACUAGAACCCAGUCAUUCUCAGGACAUAUAUACUUAGUAAAUUUGUUUUCUCUCUGGUCAGCUAUUUAAGGUUGUUUAUAAGGAAUGUGGUUAAUUUUAAAAUUAAAUCUAAGCAAUUCAGUGGUUAGGAAACUAAGAAGAAACUAAAUUUAGUCGGUCCUGAGCCCCUGUAUCGAAACAUUUAACAUGACAAGACCAACAGGUGACCAUUAGAAACGGGAAAUAAAUGCAACUCUCUAUUUUAUCAAUAAAUGCAGAACAGGUAGAGGCUAUAUACAAAUUAACUAAACUGAUGAGAGUGUGUGAUGCAUUAUUGCACUGAAGUAGAUAAAGUCAUUGUGAUUUCCAGGCCUGGAAAAGUAAUUUUUUAUAUAUAUUAUAUAUAUAUAUAUAAAAAAAAAAAAUUUUAUAUAAGAAAAUCUUGUCAUAGCAAUUUGUAGAUUGAAAUGAAAUUUUCCUAGCUAUGCUCUGCUGAAAAAUAUCUUACAGGUUAGAAAAUGCUACUUGUGAGUUCAAAACUUACUUAUCCAGUAAGGAUAGUAACUAGAAAAGUCAUGAUCAUUUAUUUGUCAAAAGGUGGGGAACCCUGCAGAUAUUGUAGUGCAAGUAUAGGGAUGCGGUAUUGCAUAUUGGCUAGUAUUACAGGGUGAGGUAGAUGUAACAAUGUGCAAAAGUUUAACAGAUUAAAGCAGAAAGUUAUUCCCUUUGGUAUAAGUAGUGGUAUAUGUCUAUGGAAAAUGUAGAUAGAUAGACAGACAACUUUAACUCUUCUGGGAAGGCUUUCCACUAUACUGUAUAUGUAACAUGGCUGUCAGAAUUGUAUUGCAUUCAGACACAUGAGCAUCACCGAGGUCAGGAAGUGAUAUUGGGAAAUGAGGCUUGGCUCACAAUUGGCAUUCCAGUUCACCAAAGACAUGCUCAAUGGGGUUCAGAUCUGGGCUUUGUUCUGGGCAGUCAAGUUCUUCCACUUCAGAGUGCAGACACCGUUAACUAUUUCUUUAUUGACCUUGCUUUGUGUGCAAGGGUAUUGUCAUGCUGGAAUAGAAAAUGUCAAGCUGUUGGCUGGCUUUUGUCCUUCAGUCUUGGGAUUAAUUGACUCUUGCUGAUCAGAAGAUUGAGAUAAAAGAGGUGUAGGAAAGAUAUUGUCAAUGUUAGAAUAACGUAGACAUUCUCCUAUCCUCUUGGCCAACAUCUCCAGACUCCCAAUAUUUUCCAUCUCAGUCCAGGAUCCACACUGUGUGAUUUAGGAGAAAAUACAAGCAUCAACUAAAUUAAUUUAGGCUAAGGAUCAAUCCAAAAAGAAAAUAUAUAGAUUUAGUAAUUUAAACUUAAUUUGAUAAAAUCAUAUCUGUUCAGUUCUUGCAGUAACAUGUAAAGUCAUAUUCAAACUAUCAGAGGCAUUAUGCUAUCAAAAACAGUGCAUCUCUUAUAGAUGCUUGGAGUGGGCAUGAGGAACUUGAGUUACAAUCAAACAUGUUAUAGGUUAAAUAUUCUAUAGUAGUAAUUAUAUUUAAAUCUAUAAUGUGUCAUUUCUGCACCAUUAGUGACAAAUAAGCAUUGCUUUCAAACAGCUUUCCCAAAUACCCUCCCCAAACGGAUACCUUUGAGUCAAUGUUGCAGUGUUGCAAUGUGGACAGGCCACUUAAACAGCUAUUUUUAUAGCGCCACUAGGGAGUGUUUACAGUUUUUUUUAAAAAUCUAACUUCGAAUGGCUUACUUAUCGUUUUCUCUGCAUAUUAAGCUGAGAAAUUAGAAAGUAUUUUAACAUCAAAAAGGUUACACUUCAUCUUUAGGUGUCCAGCGACAGAUGCUGUAACUAUGGCAGUGGCAUCUGUUUGGCACAUAAUCAUCCAAAACUGGAGGGAAAAAAAAGAUUUUAAAGACUUGAAGGCAUUGCAUUUCUAAAAUUGCAUGAGCAAAAAAACUGGCAGAAAUCAUGAGCAAUAAAGUAUAAAUAUUAUAUAUAAUAGCAUAAAUAUGAUUCAUGAUUUCUGCCAUUUGUUUUUUGCUCAUGCAAUUAUUUAUAUAUAUAUAUUAGACAAUCUGGGCUCACUUUGAGCACAUUCUUGAGAAUUUGUUGCACUGUGGUCCCUCUGUCCCUACAGACCCAGAACUGAAGAAUACUUUGAUAUCCCCUUUAUUCUGACAGCAGUAAGGCCACAUUCUCUGGAUCAGUCCUCAUAUUCUCCACCACAAUCUAACACUGCAGAUUGCUCCUGAUGGUUUGCUAUUCAUGUAGUAAGACAUAUGUUAAGAGUUUAGUUUUUAAGUUUAUAUAACAAAAGUGAUAAUGCACAAAGAAUCUUAAUGAAUUGCCAAGAAUUUGUUUGAAUGGGAGAAAUAAAUUAAUCGGUAGACUGUAGCUUCCAACGUCUGUGCUUAAAAAAAUAUUUUUCACAUAUUGUUCUCACCAGUGGUGACUUGAAAUGGACUUUAUCAAAAUGCCCUUAAGUCUUCCACCAAAUAAUGGGUCUGUGAGAAUGAUUUUAUUUAUGCAUUUUUACAAACAAAUGAAUCAUUACAAAUCCUUAAAUAAAUAAAUAAACUGUUGCGUUUUA